AUGGCAUCAAUAGCAAAGGAGCUGGAGCAGAGGUUGGCGCAGGCUGUCAAGGAUGGGAAGAUCCCUCAUGCGAUUGUUUAUGCUACGAAUAGAGAUGGUACAUUCCAGUACCACCACGCCACAGGCUUCCAACACUACGGCGUUAAAGACGAUCCCAUUCAAGAAGAUGCCGUCCUCAUGCUCGCCUCUCAGACGAAACUCUUGACAUCCAUCGCGGCUCUCCAGGCAGUAGAACAAGGCGUUAUCGGUCUCGACGAUGAUGUCUCGCCUACGAUUCCAGGACUGGGACAUCUCGGGAUCCUGAAGGGUUUCGACAAGGACGACAAGCCUAUCCUCGAAGGGCGGGAGAAGAAAAUCACCCUUCGACGCCUGUUGACGCACUCUUCUGGUGCUGCGUAUAUGCUCUUGUCAGAUACCAUCAAGCACCAGCAGCAGCGUGGCCGAGACCCUCAGCAGCAAUCCAUGGCUCCAACGAUCCUCGACCGCUACGACACGACCCUCCACGCCGAGCCCGGAGAGAGCUGGAUGUACUCGCCCGGCCUCGACUGGACCGGCCUCCUCCUUCAGCGUCUCACCGGCCUAGACCUCGAAGCCUGGAUCCAGAAAUACAUCUGCUUGCCCCUAAACCUUACUGGAAUCACCUUCCGGCCUAAGACCAACCCUUCUCUCGCCAGCAAAAUCCCCCAGCUCGUCAAACGCACCGAGUCUGGUGCUUUGGUUCCCGACAACGCCACUAAUAUCAACACUCUCGCUACAGACUGCUUCGGUGGCCAUGGCGCAUACGCGAAGAUGGGGGAGUAUAUUAAAGUUCUCCACUCGCUCCUCGCCAACGACGGCGUCCUUCUGAAGCCUGAGAGUGUGGAUGAGAUGUUCAAACCACAACUUGGAGAGGGGAGUCAAGUGGCUUUGACGCAGUUUGUAAGGAAUUACAAUGGGAUGCUAAUUGGCGAGUUUAAUAAUGAUAUCCCGGUCCAGCAUGGGCUUGGAGGGUUGAUUUUUCAGGCUGAUGAUGAGGGGAGGAGGAAGAAGGGGACGAUGAGCUGGGGUGGGCUGGUGAAUCCUUUUUGGUUGAUUGAUAGGGAGGCUGGUGUGGCGUUGACGUUUGGGACGCAGGUUAUGCCACCGGGAGAUCCGUAUUGUAAGGAGGUUACGGGGAUCGUGGAGAGGGCGGUAUAUAGGAUGGCGGGGGUUGUGUAG